CCCAAUCAAUAAUUUUUACCACAGUACCAUGCUUUGCAUAGUAUGUUAAGGCUAUAAUAUUUACUGAUUAUUUAAAGAAAUGUCAUCAAAUUUCUAAAUCUUUGAAAGACUUUAUAUAAAAAGUUGGUAAUUCAGUAAUAUUGAGCAAAGGAAGUGAGUAAAGGAAGCACAUACUGGGUAAUUCUGUUUAUUUGAAAUUCAAAACCAGGCUACGCCAAUCUGUGAUGAUAAGAAUCAGUUUAGUAGCUAUCCUGGGUUCUGACUGGGGAGCACAUAGAGUGCCUUGUGGGUGCUGGAAGCAUUUGUAUGUUGAUGUUGAGGGUGAGUAUACAUUGUAAUGUGUACAUCAAGCAUGUGGUUAAGAUUUGCGCCCUUUAUAGAGCUUCCGUCUCAAAAAGUAUAUAAAAAUACCCUCAAAAACAGAUUCAGAAAGAAUUGUGUCAAAGCAUGAGUCCAUUCCUGUUUGGGGUCUGUAAGGUGUGGCUGGGGGCCCACUCAGUCUCCCCCCUUCCUCAAACCGUGGUCAAGGUGAGCACCUGCAUGUUGGAAUUAUCAGCGUUGCUGGCCGAAAGGACGCUGCUUCCCAAAUCCCGUGAUGUGGCCCGGCGUCCACCUGAUUCUGAGUGACCUUGAGGACGCAGGGGUGUUGCUGGGAAAGGGGGAGGAAAGGAGUAGAGACUCAGGGUGGAGCAGGUGUUCAGCUCCAGUUCCUACAACUCUUAGUGCCUCUGCCCCAUCUGGACAAGAAGAAACAAACCGAGCAGAUCUGGGGGACAUCUCCACGGAUUCUGAGAAAGCAGCCGGGUACGGUGGAUGGCGGGGCAGGUGAGCGUGCCCGCACUAGAGGACCGCCUUCAGUGCCCCAUCUGCCUUGAGGUCUUCAAGGAGCCCAUGAUGCUGCCGUGUGGCCACUCCUACUGCAAGGGCUGCCUGGUGUCCCUGUCCCGCCACCUGGACUCAGAGCUCCGCUGCCCAGUGUGCCGACAGGAGGUGGAUAGCAGCAGCCCCCCGCCCAACGUGUCCCUGGCACGGGUGAUUGAAGCCUUACAGUUCCCUGGGGACCCAGAGCCCAAGGUCUGUGAGCACCACCGGAACCCGCUCAGCCUCUUCUGUGAGAGGGACCAGGAGCUCAUCUGUGGCCUCUGUGGCCUGCUGGGCUCCCACCAGCAUCACCGUGUCACACCCGUCUCCACAGUCUACAGCCGCAUGAAGGAGGAGCUGGCGGCUCUCAUCUCCAACCUGAAGCAGGAGCAGAAGAAGGUGGACGAGCAUAUUGCCAAGCUGGGCAACAACCGGACCCGCAUUGUCAAUGAAUCGGAUAUCUUCAGCUGGGUGAUUCGUCGUGAGUUCCAGGAGCUGCACCACCUGGUGGAUGAGGAGAAGGCCCGCUGCCUGGAGGGGUUGGAAGGUCACACCCGCGGCCUCGUGGCCUCCCUGGACAUGCAGCUAGAGCAGGCCCAGGGCACUCAGGAGCGGCUGGUCCAGGCCGAGCGCGUCCUGGAGCAGUUCAGUAAUGAGAGUCACCACGAGUUCAUCCGGAAGUAUCACUCCGUGGCCUCCAGAGCAGAGCUCCAGCAGGCCCGGCCUCUGGACGGCACCUUCAGCCCCAUCUCCUUCAAGCCAGGCCUCCACCAGGCUGACAUCAAGCUGACCGUGUGGAAGAGGCUCUUCCGAAAGGUUCUGCCGGCCCCAGAGUCCCUCAAGCUAGACCCUGCCACCGCCCACCCCCUCCUGGAACUCUCCAAGGGCAACACGGUGGUGCAGUGCGGCCUCCUGGCCCAGCGGCGGGCCAGCCAGCCGGAGCGCUUUGACUACAGUACGUGCGUCCUGGCCAGCCGGGGCUUCUCCUGGGGCCGCCACUACUGGGAGGUCGUGGUGGGCAACAAGAGCGACUGGCGCCUGGGGGUCAUCAAGGGCACGGCCAGUCGCAAGGGCAAGCUGAGCAAGUCCCCGGAGAACGGCGUGUGGCUCAUCGGCCUGAAGGAGGGCCGCGUGUAUGAGGCCUUCGGCUGCCCCCGGGUGCCCCUGCCUGUGGCCGGCCACCCGCACCGCAUCGGCGUCUACUUGCACUACGAACGAGGGGAGCUCACCUUCUUCGAUGCUGACCGCCCCGACGACCUGCGGCUGCUCUACACGUUCCAGGCUGACUUCCAGGGCAAGCUCUACCCCAUCCUGGACACGUGCUGGCACGAAAGGGGCAGCAACACCCUCCCGAUGGUGCUGUCCCCGCCCAGCGGGCCUGCCCACCUCAGCCCCCCGCAGCCCACCAAGCUGUAGGGCUGCUGGUGGGUCUGCUGGGUUCAGCCAGCCCGGACGACAUUCUUUACUGUUUGGAAAAGUCUUCCUGCCUGUUGUUCCUGGAAACAUCUCAUGAUAAGAAGAAAAGGACCCCAAUUCCUUCCUUGUCAGCCAGGGGCGCAUUUAUUAACCUUUUUGCCGGAUUCUUCACCUGCUUACUAACCAGCAGAAUCAGGCCGUGGCGUCUGUGGGUUAAGAUCGGCUUCGCUCGAUCCCUCCUAACCACGCCUUCUGCUCAGUGCUCUUUCAACAGAAGGUGGAAACGUUCCCACAUCUCAUUUCUCUUUGUCAUCAUGACCUUAGGGAUAUUAUGACCUUCUCUUUCUCUUGAAAUGAUUUGCAAAUAUUAAGUGCUCUGCGCACAUACUAGUUUAUGCUCAGGUCUUUAAAAUCAGCUCCAGCCUCUGGUCAGCCGGAAGUCCCCUCUACCCUGGGCCAGCUGGUCUGUGGUUGGUCACAUCAGUCACCCCGUUACUGCUGUCUUCAAAUACCUCUGCUGAUCUCCCUCUCCCCUCUCCAUUAGUUGAGAGGGAAAUAACACUUCAGGGCAGAAGCAAGUAGGGUCCUGUGGGGGGGGUGGCCUAUCCCCAAAAGCUGCUGGGCACAUGGGAGCUGGCCCAGAGCCCCCAUCUGUUCAUGGCCGCAGCUGAUGGUGCCCACUCCAAACCAAAGCUGGGACAGCUGAGUUCUCUCCCAAGAAUCUGGAAGUUGGAAGAGUCCUCCAACUCCUCUGGGCUGAGUCAUCUGAGACCUGGUGCUUUAGAGAUGUUCUAAGCCUUGUGCCACUGAGCUCUGUGGAGCUGCCUGGGCGACUUCCCUGGGGAACCGCUCUGUCCUUGGGCCCUGGCGCUUACCCCCGUGGGCCACACAGGCAGAGGCCUGACCUGCAGCCUGAGUGAUCCUCUGGGAACCUGGGAGGAUGGGAGGUUUGGGAGGCACUGACUUCAUCCCAUGGGGGACCAUCCGCAGAGGUUGCCUUCCAGGCUCUGAUAAGUGUGAAACUUCCUGUGCCGCCUCCCUCUGGGUAGAGCUGUAGACCGAUCGAUCGUAAAACUGCUUAACUGCGUCUGGAACGGGCUUCUCAGCCACGGGAAGUCCCCACGCCCUGCCGUAGUCCUCCUGUUGUGGGCACCAGGGACCACGUGGAGCUGGCACAUUUGGCCAAUCUACCUAUGGAAGUAAGAAGCUGUCUGAAUUAAAAGGUGCUUGUAUCUUUACUGGCUGAA